AUGCUCUCUAGUCGUCAAGGGUUUGGCCGAGGGGGUAACAACAAGAAUAACAACAACGCCCCGAAAACCAACAAUGGAAGUCCGGCUCAGUCGCCGGUUACCCAGAUGCCUCAGGCGGGGUCGGUGCCGAACUCGCCCUCUCUCACGUCGAACCUAUCCGUGGACGGCCCCGCACCUUAUGACCCCGAUGCCCCCAAAUACUUUUUCCAGGAGAAAUAUGCCCCCUUGAAUGUGAAGGGCAACUUUUUGACCCUGUGUGCCUGUCCCAAGAACGUCGAACUGGGAGAAUGGCUGGCCCACCAGAUUGUCGAACAGUAUCGCCUUCUUCAUGGCAUGCUCCAGGUCAUCCAGGAUGUCAAUUCCGUGACUGGCUUUCCCAUCUGCAACGAGGCGACCUGCCCCACGAUGUCGGCUGGCCGCCUGACAUACACCUGGCUUGUGGAUGGCCGCGCUGCGAAAAUCUCGGCCCCCAAAUUCAUCAAUCGCGUUGAAAAAUGGAUCGUGAGCAAGAUCCACGACCCCGUCAUGUUCCCCACGGACAAAGUCAGCGGCAUGCCCGAGACCUUUGCAAUCCACGAGGCUGGGGGCACGAAUCCCUCGAGCCCCGGUACAGGUGGCCCGGGGGAGGAGUGGAUUGGCAAAUCCAGUGGUUUCCCCCAGACGUUUUACAAAGACUGCCAAGGCAUCAUGAAGCAAAUGUUCCGGUGCUACGCACAUCUAUACCAUGCGCAUUGGCUGAAUCCUUUCUGGCACAUCAACAAGCACGACAUCCUUAACAUGUGCUUUGUCCACUUCGUCACCGUUGCCAAGUAUUACAAGCUGGUCUCGGACAAGGAGAUGGAGCCUAUGCAGCCCCUCAUUGACUUGUUCAUCAAGCAGCAGAGAAUUCCUCCCGAGGCCCUUUCAGGCGGUCACUGGGGUCAGCCGAACUCUGGCUGA